UGAAAUGCAUUUACAAACAUAUGUAAAAAUAUGUUAAAAUGACUUUAUAUGUUAAAAAAAAAAAAAAUAAAUCUGAAGAAUAUAUUUAAAAAAAAUAUUUUUCAGAUAUUUUGAAUACGGCCAAAAUUGUAGGAAAUGUAUAUAUUAGCCUCCCUGGCGGUAUUCUCGAGUGUAGCUCGGGGUAAAGUUUCAGCACCACAAGCGGUAACCCCGAGCUACACUCGGGAAUACCUUGCAGCGCUGCUCCGGGAUCUGUUCUUCACUUACCUUGUCCUUUGCUCCCGCGAUGUCCCUCCUGCAGUGUAUCUGGCAAUGUCCUCCGGCCGAUGACGGCAUCCAUCUUCUGGGUUCCGUUCCCUGCGACGUCAGGACGUACGGGGACGGAACGGCAGGAAAUUUAAAAAUGUGAAAAAGUGACAU